CCGGGAUACUUGAACGAGUACUGCGGUGGUCAACUGAUCGGCACUGCGGUUUCGUUCAUCGUCUUGGAGCUUGUCUUCGCGGGGGUCCGGUUCUGGGCCCAUAAGAGACAGAGAAGAAACUGGGGUGUGGAUGACUGGCUCAUGGUUCCAGCCCUUCUGGCCAAUCUGUUGAUGAUCCCUGUUGCCGGCGUUGGCUAUCACAUCGACAAGAUCUUGAUGGAAGCGCCAUGGAAACUCGUUCAGUUCCAGAGAGGCAUUUUCGCUGGGAUCUGGGUCUGGGGCUUGGCGAUAGCUCUGCCCAAGCUGGCAAUCCUCGCUUUCUACCUUCGCUUCUUCAAGUCUCGGAACGAACGAAUUGUCACCUAUGUCCUCAUGGCCAUCAUCGCGUCGACCUAUGUUGCCAUUUCUUUGGCUCACACUUUUGCAUGCAUACCCGUGGGGUAUCAGUUGAACCCAUUCAAGCCGGGAACAGGUCAAUGUUUCGAUACCAAGGCAUUCUAUCGUUGGAUGUCCUUCCCCAACAUCGUCACGGACGUUGUCAUGCUGGUCCUGCCUCUCCCCAUGGUCUAUCGGUUGCACACCUCGUGCCAUCAGAAGAUUGGGCUCGGGAUCAUAUUUGCGACUGGCGGAAUAGGCCUUAUUACCUCCUGCUGCCGGUUUGCGAUAUUUUACAGCGACACCGAACGUCGGGACGAUACUUGGAAGGCGUCGUCUCUGCACAUGUGGACUGAGAUCGAGCCCGGGGUGUACUUCCUCGCUGCGUGCAUGCCGUCCUUUCCACCCCUGAUCCAGCUUCUCUGGACUCGG